UGGCAGGGCCAGACUCUAUAGAUCAAAAGUGGAGCAGUGGUGAGGUGUGGAGAGAACCCAUUGUCCAGCAUCUUCUUCUUCCAGUCAAUGGAGUGGUUAGACAGCACAGGGUGUUUGCGUGUGUUGACGGCAAGGAGAUUAAAGUUUGUGCCGACCAACAAAGCAAAAUGUGGAAGUCCGGAGACGUCUGUUUUUACCUAGGCUUCACCAUUAGAGGUCCUGUGGCCUAUGGCAUACAGUACCCAUCCCAUCACGGACAUUUAUUCUAUUCAGAUAUGAUGACAGGGAGGGAGCCUCAUAAAAUGUUGAAAGUACCUGACAUCAAAUCGAUCAAAGAAGGGGCUGUGAGAAGUUGCACAACAUGUGCCAAUGUGAUGGAGUCUACCAACUGGGUUCAGGUUGAGCCUGUGGCCAUCACUGAAGAAGGCCCAAUGUUCAGCAUGUCUCCCCCAGGGCGCUACGAGUGCACAAUAUCAGGGCUCCGGUGGGUGUGUAAAACCCAUGUCAAUCUAAAGUAUCAAUUCAGCUCCUGGGAGCUUCACAGGGCAAUGAUGAAAAGCUUGGGGUACAAGCAAGGAGGCCCCCUACUGGACAUUACAAUCAUUUCAGGAGAACUGGAAGAAGUGCAUCUGCCACAUUUUGCCUGUUUCGGCGAUGAUCCCUCCUUUAAAAAGAAAGUGAGAGUUCUACAUGUAGAAGACUGUGGCGUGUCCAUAGUAAAAGUGGAUGAAGUCACCCGCUUCCACGUCAAGAUCCUCCAUCCAUCCUUCUCUCCAAAAGGAGUUCUCGUGAGAUCUGGCCUUCGGGUGAAAGCGCACUGUGACUUGCUGCUCUACCAGGCCAAGACAGCAUUCCUCACGCUACAUGCAUAUCUGGUCCCCUGUGAUUCCUCUGUAGAACAGGCUAUGAAGAAAAAGGAGCAGUCUUAUGGAUACAGGAGUAUCAGAAAGCCGCAACCAGUGAAGUCCCUUCGGAUGAAGGAUUGGUUCAGCCUCACAACAUCAUCUCCCUCUGCUGAAGUUAACCCUCCUAAAAUGAAGCUGAGGUAUGACAACACUACACCAAACUUCUUUGAGGUGUUCAUAGAAGAUGCAGAUGUUGACUUUGGGAUGAAGCUUAUCAGUGACGUGGAGGGGGAAAUCGUCUGGGAUCAUACAAUACGAAAAGCUGACUACAGACACGAAACCACUCAGAAUUCACAAAACCAGCACUUUGUUGACCUCCACCGGACAGACCUGAUCCAGAGAGUGAGCCAGGUGAAGCCCAUCUUGGAUAAACUCCUGGCCAAGAGAGUCAUCACUGACGAGGGCAACAGUACAAUAAUGGCCAAACGCACCACCCAGGACCAGAUAAGGGAGCUCUACAUGGGACCUCUGAGGGCAAGCGGCAGCAGAGCGAAAAAUAUUUUCUAUGAGAUCCUGAAGGAGCUGGAGCCACUGCUAAUCAAAGACCUGAAGGGUGAAUGAGGAGCUGGACUGGUGAAUGGGGGGCAUUUUAAGCUCAUUUUAGGGGAAAGGGGCAUAAAUGAUGGCAGUUACAGUUGGUUUUAAAACGUUGUGUUUACAAGGAAACACAAUAUAAGAGGAGUAUAGCAUCAUUAUUUUAUCAUUCUUAUUUUUCCACAUGUAAAUAUUAGUAGCCAGCAGAACAGCAACCCAAUGUUUUAGCCUGGAGGCUUUGCCAAAUAUAUACUAUUUGAUAGUUGGUUUGGAAUUGAAUUUCCUCUGAAAAGAUAAAUGCUCAACCAUGUCACCUAGAUGCUCUGGAUCAUUUACAGACAAGAAAAUAUAUAAAGGAAAUAUUUUAUGACAAUAGAAAAAUAUAUAAUGAAACGAUGAUGCAAAGAACAAUUACAUUAUUUCAUUUUGGCUAUUUUAUGAAUGACAAGUCAGUGAGGGUAAGGAAUACCAGUGAUGUAAGUAAAUAUAUGAAGAUAUGACUUUGUAAAGCUUUAUGUACCCGCCUAAUGAAACGUUUUACAGUAAUUAAUGAUUUGUGACAUCAUUUUCACAACACAGGUAUUAGAAUAUGUAUUGAAAUAAAUACCUACUUACA